AAAGGAAGCACAUCGAUGUAAAACAUCAACCACGAUGACGUCAUCGUUCGCCAUCCUCCUGGUCCUAAACUGCCUCCUGGCGACCGGAAGUGCGUGGCCCGACGUCACUUCCGACUGCCCGACCCGCUGCAACUGUCUGUCCGACAAGUCCAUCAACUGCAGGGCCAGGAGACUGACGUCAUUUCCGGCCAGCAUGCCAGAGGACACGGUUGAGGCCGACUUUUUCAGCAAUGUCAUCCCGUCCUUGAGUUCGACCUCUCUGUCCAACAUGGCGGCCCUGACGGAGAUCAACCUGGGCAACAACACCAUAGCAACGUUCCCUGAUGACGUGUUGUCUGACGUCACCAAUCUAGAGUCGCUGGAGCUGGGGAACAACAUGAUGGGGUCACAGCUGACGGUGGCAACCUUUCAGGGCUUGACCAAGAUGACGUACCUGUCUCUCCACAACAACUCCAUUACGUCACUUCCGGACAAGGUGUUCCUUGACCUCGGUGCCCUGGAAGAACUUAAACUGUACCAGAACAGCAUCAGCUCGCCAACGGAAGACACAUUCUUGGGUCUGUCGUCCCUGAAGAAGCUCCACAUACGGUAUAACCAGCUGAGAGGCCUGGCGGAUAACCUGUUCCUGGAGAUGGGCAGUCUGGAGUACCUGGACCUCAGGAACAACGGCAUCUCCGACAUCAAGUGCGGCACGUUUUUCGGACCUUACGGUCUGAAGGAGCUGAACCUGGGGUACAACUGGAUCAAGGAGCUGGAGCCAGACGUCUUUCACUACCCCUGCGACUGGGUCUCCACAACUCCGGGACCGACCACGUCCCUACCGACGGCCGGUUCCCUAGCAACCACAGCAGCCAAUCCUGCCACGUCACAGACAACGCAGGCACAGAUCUCCGUGACGUCAUCAAUCUCUACAACCGGGAAAACCAUCAGUGGAUCAACCGACACAGCCGCUGCAACAGGGACGGGCACCAGUACGUCCAACGCUGCAACCAGUGCGCUGGGUACGUCGGAAGUGCCAACCACUUCGGGCGGUACAGCCACCGGUACAUCUAGUGCAACGACUACACCUUCCGUAACUACAGUCGGUACAACCACCGGUACAUCCCGUGUGACAACUACAACUGCCGGAGCGGACAACAGCACAUCUAGCGUAACAACAGCAACUACAGCUGCUACGGGCACCGGUACACCAGACGUGCCAGACAGUACAGCCAACACAGACGCUGGUACAUCCAGUGCGACAACCACUACAGCCAGUAUGGACAACUCUACUUCCAUCGCUACAACCACUUCUUCCAACGCUACAACCACCACAGCCAGUAUGGACAACUCGACUUCCAUCGCUACAACCACUACUUCCAACCCUACAACCCCUACAGCCAGUAUGGACAACUCGACUUCCAUCGCUACAACCACUACAGCCAGUGUGGACAACUCGACUUCCACCGCUACAACCACUACAGGUAGUUCGGACAACUCUACUUCCACCGCUACAACCACUACAGGUUUGGACAACUCUACUUCCAACGCUACAACCACUACUUCCAACGCUACAACCACUACUUCCAACGCUACAACCACUACAGCCAACGCUACAACCACUACUUCCAACGCUACAACCACUACAGCCGGAGCGACAACUGCUACACCGACGUCUCUACUCUCCACUCUGAUCACCACGGUAACGACCACGCCCCAGCCCCGGGAAUACACCAUGACGCACCUGACGAAGCUUUGGCUCAACAACAACGGUAUCACGGAGCUGAAUCCCCAGUCGUUCAGAGGACUGGACAACCUGGACUAUCUCCACAUGAGCUCAAACCCCAUCUCCACCCUCCACAGUGACGUCUUCCAGUACCUCAACAAGCUCAAAACUCUGUACAUUACCAGCAUGGGGCUGGUCAACUUUACUGCAGACAGUUUUAACGGCCUGACGUCAGUGACACACCUGCAAAUGCAGGGGAACAAGAUAACUCACCUGGAGGGCGGCAACUUUGUGAGGCUCGUCUCGCUACAGAGGCUCUGGCUCCACUCGAACGGGAUGGAGAGUAUUGACCCUGACGCGUUUGUCGGUCUGACCCGGCUGCAGUACCUGUACUUAUACCAAAACCUGCUGACGGCUCUGCCUGACUACAGCUUCCAGGACCUUGCCAACCUGAGAGGUCUGAAUUUGGAGAACAACCGCCUGACGGAGUGGGGCAUGAGUAACGAGACGUGGAGCGGGCUGGACAAGCUGGACUCCCUUAACCUGAAGAACAACCGCUUCACGUGUCUGAACGGCUCCAUUUUCUGCUGCGGCAUGCCCGUCCUCAGGCUGCUGUACCUCCAGAACAACCUCAUCAACUGUAUGGAAGAGGACGCCUUUGUUGGUAUCCCCAAGCUGAGGCAGCUGUGGUUGGACAAUAACGACAUCGACCAGCUACAGGAGGGGCAGUUUAAGGACCUGGAGAUCUUGCGGCAGCUAGGGUUGAGGAACAACGACUUAACGGAACUGGUCAACAACACCUUUCAGAACCUGCUGGAUUUAGACUAUCUGUACCUAGAGAACAAUGACAUCGCCUCCAUCGACACCGGAGCGUUCAAUGACCUGACUGAUCUGGACCAGCUCAAACUACAGGGCAAUGAUCUGACGGUGUUGCCUAGCAACGUGUUCUCCCCACUGAUCAGACUGUGGAAGAUGGACAUCAGUGACAACCUCAUCCACACUAUCGAGGACGGCGCGUUCGAG